AUGGCACAAUACAAGGAUAACUAUCCGCUCAGCUAUGUUCGGCUUGAUGACCCACCAGAGAGCCAAACAAAGGCCCAAACAAAGUCCCAAGCAAAGACAAGACCAUUAUCUUCUGCAGAGCAGCAGGCGGUUCUGGAAUCUCAGACAAUAUUCUGGGGGUCCAGUUGGACCCUGGAAAUCAUCAGCUGUCUCACAUCGGUGAUUUUUCUAGCGGCCAUUAUUGUGGUGCUGUAUAUGUACGAUGGGAAACCAAUGCCGGACUGGCCCUACGGCAUUACACUUAACGCGCUAGUCUCUGUGUUAUCUACUGUGAUGAAGGCAGCCAUGGUUUUCAUUGUCACCGAAGCAUUGUCGCAACUCAAAUGGUCAUGGUUUAGCAGGGGAAAUAAGCUUAGUGAUUUGGCGUUACUAGAUGCUGCUAGUCGAGGCCCUGCGGGGGCCUUCGUUGCUCUCUUUCAUUUCGUGCCUCGCCAUCUAGUAACUUUUGGGUGUCUUGUUCUCGUCAUUACUGCUGCUACCGACCCCUUUAUUCAGCAGGUGAUGGGAAUCAAAGAACGAUCAAUCCAUGCUCCAGGUCAAUCAUCAAUUCAAAUUUGCAACUCAAGUCUGUAUACCGACUAUGGAGAAGGUGCUGGGCCUGGGCAGAAUAAAGUUCCUCUUUCGACUCUUGGUGCUAUCUACUCCGGCAUCUUCACAGAGCAAAGCCCCAACGGUAAGAAUAUGUUGAUGGAUUGUGCCACGGGAAACUGUACAUUCACGCCAUACCAAUCCCUCGGGUUCUGCAGUCGCUGUUCCAAUAUCACCGACUCUCUGAAAAUGGAGACAACACCUAUGUCCGUCCCCUCCAUGGCUGCAUACAAUUACAGUUUGUCCAACGGAUUCUAUUUCCAAACGGCCCCAAAUCAGAACUACAUCAUGAACGCUACCACAAAUAUCCCCCUCGUCGACCUGGAUGUGACUGGUUUGGCCGUCAUUCUCAACUUCACUUCGAUAAGCUCCUUCGGCUACGCAGUGCCACCCCAAGUCAGCGCAACGGAGUGUGCCCUUUACUACUGCGUCAAUACAUACAACGCAACAGUGUAUAGUGGAAAGUUGACUGAAACGAUGACUUCGAACGUGGGGACGUCAAAUUACUCUUCGGGCUACGGUGCUUUCGGGAAGAACUUCGACAUCACACCAGAAGCCUGCUACGUGAACGGCAUUCGACGCAAUGACACAAGCAGUGACGAGUGCAUCUACAAAAUCAACUGGCUAAGCAGCCUCUCUUUAUCAAAUUCACUCUCUCCACUUCUAGAAGGCCAAGGAUCAAGAUUCACGAGCAACAGGCCACAGUGGUCUUCCGACACAGUUGAGGCUCUGUAUGGCGAUUAUGGAAACUACUCUGAGACAAACUCAAUCUUCCAGUCCCUGGCCUCGUCACUUACAAACCAUGCACGAUCCAAAGUCUGCGAUGACACCAAGCAGGGAAUAGCAUGGACGAUGCAAUCAUAUGUGCAAGUGCGGUGGCUAUGGAUGAUUCUUCCCAUUGCACUUGUGGCAUUGAGUCUGAUCUUUUUGGUCAUUACUGUCUUCCACACGAGAAGACAACACAUUUGGAAGUCCUCGCCACUGGCUUUACUCUUCUCCGAACUAAGAAUAGAUGGAUCCGGUAAUUUCAGAACGGAUCCAACUUUGAAAGGAAUGGAGAAUACAUCCAGGAAGAUGGAUGUGUGGCUUGAAAGCUCCGCUGAUGGUCCUAGGCUAAAGGCUGUUGCAACAUCAUAA